GAGAUAAACAAUAAUAUUAUUAAACAAAUCACCUUAAAAAAAAAACAAUUAUUAUUUAAAUAUUAAAUAACUUAAAGUGAAAUUUACCAAUGUUAGUUCACGCGUCAUAUUUAGCUGGUUAUUAAGGUAAUGAUUAUUUAAACAACAACAAUCUAGAAAAAGCAAUCAUAAUGAUAACAUUAAGAGGAAAAUUAAAAAAAAAUAAUGUAUCAAAUUCAAUGGAAAAAGAUUUUAAUCAACGAGUGUCAAUUCGAGAUAAGCUGUUAGUUAAAGAGGUCCAAGAAAUGGAGCAAACAUUGCCCAAUACAUGUCAGAUUAGUUUCAAAGAUGCCAACAGACUUCAUGAUUUUGAUCUUUUAAUAACUCCUGAUGAAGGCUACUGGAUGAAUGGUAAAUUUUCAUUUGAAAUUCAAGUACCUGAAGAAUAUAACAUGACGCCACCCAAGGUCAAAUGUUUGACAAAACUCUGGCAUCCAAAUAUCAAUGAAGAUGGUGAUGUUUGUUUAUCGUUGUUGAGACAAAAUAGCAUUGAUGGAAUGGGCUGGGCACCAACUCGUAAACUUAAAGAUGUAGUUUGGGGAAUUAAUUCACUUUUUACUGAUCUCCUUAACUUUGAUGAUCCAUUGAAUAGAGAAGCAGCAGAUUUAUUUUUAAAAAAUAAAGAAUUAUUUCGAGAUAAAGUUCAAGAAUAUGUUAUAAAAUAUGCAAAAAGAUGAUUAACAUUGAAAAGAAAAAUUACAUAAUUGUUAAAUCAUUUUAACUUUUGACAACUAUGAAUUUAUUAAAACAGGGAUUUAAAUUUUUUUUUCAUUUCUAUAAAC